AUGACAAACUCUACUGAGAUAGUUAUAGUGGGAGCUGGUGUUGUAGGGCUAUCAACAGCAUUGGCCAUAAGUGAGAAUCAGCCAAAUCGUCAUAGAAUAACCAUUAUUGCAGAUCAUUUUCCUGAUGACGCAAUAUAUGAACCUGAAUAUACCUCACCUUGGGCAGGAGCCCAUUUUAGGCCGUUUCCAAGUAAGAAUGAACAAGAAGCAAGGGAAUGUAAAUUGACUAGAAUAACACAAGCUUAUUUCAAAGAUUUAGCUAGAACAAAUCCAGAGUCAUCAAUAAAAUUUGUCAAAGGGAUUGAAUAUUUCGAAGAACCGGAUUCUUUCUAUAGAAACGUUUCAAAAGGCUACAGGGAAGGAGUUGAUAACUUUGAGGUGUUAAACAAAAAUCAAUUACCUGAUGGAGUUGAGAUGGGGACUUCCUAUGAUACAUGGGUGCUCAAUGCUCCAAUGUAUAUUCAAUUUUUGCAAAGAAAAUUGCGGUUUGAAUAUGAUAUCAAGUUUUUGAAAAGGAGAAUAGAUUCCUUGGAAGAAGUUAACAAAUAUGUUAAGAAAAACCCAAUUAUAAUCAAUUGUUCAGGUCGAGGUUUAAAAUAUGAAGGUGGUUACGAUGAAGAUAGUUUUCCGAUUAGAGGGCAAACUUUAUUGGUAAAUCCACCUAAUGAGAAUCCAUAUACUGAAAAGACCAUAACCCAUCAACUGAGCAACGGAUCAUGGACGUUUUGUAUAAAUCGGCCAUUGAAUGGGGGUACAAUUGUUGGCGGUACUAAACAGGUUAAUGAUUUUACAGAUGUUCCAAAAGAUGAAGACACCAAGGAAUUAAUUAGUAGAGGCAGUAAAUUAUUUCCAGAAUUAAUGAAAGUAGAUAAAAACGGAAAGAAAUAUUUUGAUAUUGUAAGAAUUAAUGUGGGAUUCAGACCGGCCAGGAAGACUGGUUUAAAUCUUACGAUUCAGAAGCAUGCUGAGAACAUUAUCAUCAAUGCUUAUGGCGCUGGUGGAAUGGGUUACGAAUUAUCGUAUGGGAUCGGUUUUACAGUUAAUCAGAAGUUGGCGAAUAUUUUGCAGUCGAAGUCAAAAUUAUAA